UCAGUUGCGAGACGUAGAUUACAGUUUUUUUUCCACUUCUAGUUGUCAUUAGACUUCUGUCAGACCACACUAUCUCCUGUUUGUGGUUUGCAGAUGCUUAUUUCACUCUUUUUGCUCAUGAUGUUGAGUUUGUUUGCUGUUUUGCUGAGUGUUGCUGGUAUUUCCUGGCAUAGAGAGGCUUCUGUCAUCUUGUUGCAGUUAGGUUGAACUUUGCUGCUAGUAACGUCAAUGCAAGAGGACAGCUGAAGAACAGAAGACAAGAAAUCCUGCUGUAAAGGUGUGUUACUGCAGCAAACAUGGCUGAAGCUUGUCAGAAAUGGCAGCAUAGAGGUUCAAGUGAGAAAAGAACCGGAUCCAAUAGUGUGCACAUGCCUCGAAACACCACCAUCCGUCUUCGGGACAUUUAUGACCCCAAGCCUCAACCGCCCAAAGCCCCGGUCCGGAUCCGUCCUCCAGCUCCAAGACCCUCCUCAGUCAACCAGCCCGAGUCAAAGCCCAGCCAGUCAGUCAGUCCCCCGACCAAGACCAUCAUGAGGAGACGGGCUCAGUCGCUUCCUUUGUCUGCAGAAAAGAAGAGGGAGUGCAGGAGUGUGCAGGUACGCUUUGUGGAUGCAUUGGGUCUUGAACUAGAGGAGGUGAAGCUCUUCCAAGUCCAAGAACACCCUCUAAUACCCCAACAUGUCAUGUUCAGACUACUGAUGAGCUCUGAAAUGGCCUUUAGGAAAUCACUGGAGCUGUCCCUUCCUUAUUUCAAACCCUGCUUCCCUGAGAACAUGAGAGCUCAUCCAGACUUCCUGGGUCGUCUCUGCACUCAGAGUGUCAGUCUGGAGCAGGUUGUGUGUUCAGAUCAGGGCAUAACAGGCACCAUACAAGUACUUAAUUUGGCUUACGAGAAGGAGGUCACAGUGCACUACUCCUUCACCAACUGGAGGACGCACACGGAUACAACAGCAUCCUGGGUAUCAAGUGGGGCCCGCUGGGACUGUGAUGGUCCAGAAACAGAUAUGUUCCGAUUCCGUCUCCCAGUCCCACCUUUCAUUCUGCAGCCAGGAGCCAUGCUGGAAUUCGCCAUCUGCUACCGUGUAAAAGGAUCUGAUUAUUGGGACAACAACAAUGGGCAAAAUUACAAACUGUCAUGCCACAGUUACAAAGUGACUGUCCCGAGGGAGUGUGAGGAUAGCAUGCUGCAUUUUACCUGAGUGGCCACAUGGGGGAGCUGUAACACAGAUAUUAAUAACAAGCCAAAGGGCAUUCAACUAAGUUUUCUGUACUUUAUUAAAGCAGUAAUAGAAUGUACCUGAUUAUUGUUACUGCUAAAUGUCUGACAUAUGAACAGUUUAAUGUAUGUGCAUUAAGGCUUUACAUUAUAUAUAAUGUAUGAAGCAAUAUUCUGGUGAUCAUAUUGCACUCUUACUUUAUUAACUCUUACACAAAAUUUCCACUAAGGGCAGUUUUUGAUGAUUGAGAAAAAGUUUAAAGGUGCAGUAUGAAGAUAUUUAAACAAUAUCUUUAUUUCCAAUAUCUCACCAGAUCAUAAUAGACCUUAACAGAUGAGCAACUUCCCUGAUUGUCUCAAUUGCAGUCUUCCACGGAACAUCCUUAUGCUCAGUUCUGACUUCUUCAGUUCCUAUUUUCUGCUCUUCUACCAUGAACAGUGUACAGUGCUAACUACCAUUAGCACAAAUUUGUGUUAAUGUUCAACAAAAGGUUAACAGCAAAAUAUUAUAUCAAGUGACUGAAUGAAUAAUGGAUCCGA